CAGUUCUCCUUGCCUCCUGUUUCUAUAUCCCUCUUCCAAGUGAGCCUGGCCUCAUCAGCUCUUCCGCAUGGUCUCAGCCAUCUGUUCUAUUCCCGCUGCCACUUCCUGCAGGUGGUGAAGGACAAGAGGGAUUAUUAUGCCAACCUGCAUGCUGCUUUCUAUCGGGAGGAAGAUGCCUGCAGAACCCUCCUGGAAAACAAAGAUGCCAUAGACUGGGACAAAGCCUUCCAGCUGCAAGGUCUCCAAGAUGGGCUCUAUCAGGCUGUGAAAGUCAUGGCAGAGGCUAGAAGUGUCCACAUGGAGCCCCAUUUCUACCAGGCAGUGCUGCACCCAGAUGCAGCCACACUAUGUCAGAAUGAGCUCAGAAGUGACCCCUUCCACUUGGGGACGCUCAACCCAUCUCAUGCAGCCCUACUCAAUGAUACCUAUGAAUUUGGAGGCAAUGAUCGGAGCUUGCACUACCUUAGGAGCCUGAUUGAGGACUUCCCAAAUGCUUGCCUCCUAGAUCAUAAAGGGAAGCUGGUUGCCUGGAGCUUAAGUGAUGCCCUUGGUUGUCUGACCCAUGGCUACGCUCUUUCUGAAUACCGGGGAAAGGGUCAUAUGAAAACAGUGAUGCAGGCACUAGCCAGAAAGUUGCAUGCUAAAGAUUUUGCCUUGUAUGCUAGAGUUCUGGCAGAGAACAAAAUCUCCAAGCAAUUUUUAAGCGGCCAGGGUUUUCAUCUCUUGCCUUGGACAAAGUAUAUUCUUUUUUUAAUUCCAAAUCACAUGAAAUAGCAAGGGGCAGCAUCCAGGUUUCAUUAGAUGGGGAGGUUGGAAGUUACAUUUACAGAGAUGUAAGGGACUGUGUUAGGAUAUACUGAAGUUUAAGUCGGAAAAGGGUCACAAAAAUCAGGAAUCGCUAUGAAUGAAUAACUACAUUCUAAAAUAAAAUUCUUGCAGCCUUGAAAUGGUGCAUAGCCCAUCGAUAUCCCUCGGCAUUAAUUUUACACCAUAUUUGGAUCUAGCACUUUGGCCCUAAACCACUUUUUUAUUUUAAAGAGAGCUCUUCCACCCCACCACUGCUCGUGGCCCUGUGAUCAUCUUCACUUCUGCCAAAUUCAAAAGGCUGAGAAUUAAACCAAUGAUUCCCUGCGGCAAUUACUGCUCCAACAAUUAACUAGUAGGAUAGUGUAAAGUAUGUCCUUUAAUUAGUUCCACAUGCCAAACGUCAUCUUUUAGGAUUCUGCCACCCUUAGAGGAAGAAAUAAGAUUGCCUAGUGAGAAUUAUUAUGAGAGCCACUUUGGUCUGUUGGUUAAGGUACCAGGCUAGAAAAAAAGUGGGAGAGUGUGAGGUAAAGUUCCAUCUUAGCCGCAAAAGUCAGCCUGGUGACUUUGUGCCAGUCACUGUCUCUCAAGCCAAUCCACCUCGCAGGGUUAUUAUUGUGGGGAAAAUAGGAAGAGGAA